AUGGCGGAUAUAUUAAUGAGGGAUGCACCAGCAGCAACUGCUGGCGGGGCCGCUUUGCAACGACAAGCUGGACAAGCUGGCGGAGAUGCUGCUGGUGGUGGGGCAGCUCCUCCAAUUAUAGGUCCUGCUCCGAAAGGAAUCAGUGGUUUGGCUCGUGGAGCACUACAGCGCACCAAAUUCUCAGAGGCAUAUCGUUCCAUCUUCGCUCUCAAUCAACCGGACAUAAUUCCACUUCUCAGGCAUGUCAACUGUAAUUACCUAUCUACCAAAGGUCAUGCACCAACAGUGCUGGAGUUGAAGCAACAUGCUCAAGCACUUGUCAUACUUCUUAAACAAAUUACCAUCUCAACUCAACCAGGAGCUAUCGAUAGUAGGAAUGCUGGUAUGAGAGCUCCUAAUUUUAACGAAAAUGAAACCUUCGAUUUCCUCAACGAUCUCAAUAAUGUAUAUGAGAAUAAUACAGUCCAUCACAAUCUUCCGCUCCCGACUCUACUCAAUACUCUUGAGCCUCAAUUCCUCGAACCUGGAACGAUGGUAAAUCCAGGACGGCCGGAUCAUUUCAUGGAAAUUGACAUUUGUCCCUUACAUUCAGUUGAUCCUGCACCUCUUGACGGCCCAUCCCUUCCAUACGCUACCCACGAAGCACUUCUCAAACAUGCAAAUGAAGUGCUCGAAUUAAUUGAUCACGAAUAUAGCGCUAAAGGAGGCCUUCUAGGGGUCCUACCUCACGAAGUUGGCGACGACAAUCGACCUUUAGCAGAAACAACUCUCCUUGGUCAAAUGAUCCUCUAUAUUCAAAGACUAGUCGCCCGCCUCCAUAACCUCGAACGACUCCACGCGAACGCCAUGGACGUAAUGAAAGGUGAAGCUGUGGUCCCGCAUCAAGCGCUCUCUCGCGUUGGUCCUGACGGUCGCAGCGGACGCGAGCUCGUCUACCCCCAAGAUCGCUUCGUGCUCGUUAAUGCUGGCGACGAUGUCUGGCAAUUCCUCAAUGACGAGUUUGAAAAAAAAGAACGCGUUGAUGAACAACUACGUGCAAAUCAUCUACAGCUCGGUCUUGAAGGUGAACGUCUCUGGGAAGUUAAGGGCGGAAAAGAAUAUUCCCGUGGUAUCACGGCCAUUGAUAUCACAACACGUUACUACCGUCUCCGCAACGACAAUCUCAAAACCAUCUUUGUGAUUCCCGCUCAUGCAGAACACCCAGGUGUCAAAGUAACCCGCGACAUGGAACGCAACCCCACCGUCGUCAGCGUCGUUAAACCCAUCUGGCCCGAACGAGUAUCGGUCUGGGAGAAGAAAACCCGCGACGAUCUCGAAGAACUACAUCAACUCCGUCGCGACAACCAAUCGCUUCGCGACGUCGCCGAAGUCACCGACACCGAACGCACCUAUCUUCUCAACGAAGUAAAACUCCAACGCUCCCACGCCUUCAAAGCAAAAGAAAGUUUAAGGAUCUUCACCGAAGGACCCGAACGAGACCAGCUAGCCAUGGAUCUCGACGCCCAACGCGCGGCUCUCGAUCGCGAUCGUGCGAACAUCACCGCCCAACAAGCGCAACUCGAUACUCGCGCCCGAGAUCUCACCGUACGCGCGCAAAAACUCGCAGCAGACGAACAACAAGCGGCCACGCGUCGGGCGACCGAAAAUCGCCAAUUGGCCGCUCGUCGCGUCACGCUGGAAAAUAUCUAUAAGCAGCGCGUGAUUGAUCUGGAGAAUGAUCGAUUGGCGGCUGUGGAGAGCGGCACCCGAUUGGCGGAUGAAUUCCAGAAGGUCUGGUCGGAUCAGGUGGCGGAUACGGAGGUGCUGGUGGAUUUCUUGAAUAGUGAUCGUGCGAAGAGUACGCUGGCGGAACAUUUGAUUCCGGAUGAUAUUGGGAAGAGGGGGGUUAGGGGCGCGCAGGAUGUGGUGGAGAAGGUUUUGGCUAGGUUGGCGAAUCCGGUGCCGGAGGAGGGGUAG